AUGAUGUGGCUAAGGAGCAGGUGUGUCCUCGUUACGGGACUGCUGCUACUUACCGUCGGUUUACCGUGGAGUUUGGAGGCAUCGAACGUGGACAAGAGCAAGGUACACGCACAGUCACGGCAGGAGGAUAGCGAGGACGAAAGUCGGCCACCACCGGGCAGCACCGAACGGGUGCUGGUGGAGAAUGUUGCCACCAGCAAUGAACGUAAAGCGGCCGAAGGAUUGAUCAAGGUGGGCGACGAGGAGAAGACAUCCGCGGACAGUACCGAUCAGGAGCAACAACGGCCCUGGGAAAAGCUGGAUCUCGAUACGAUCAAGCUGGUGCAGUUAACGGAUUUCGCCAAGGAGAAGGACGGUAAGAAAAUCCCGAGCGUACUGUACGACAUCCUGGAGGUGCAGAAGCUGAUGAUACAGAACAUCGUGAACGAGAUAGAGGAGAUCGAACAGCAGCAGCAGUCCAAUUCGGAGUUGGUUCCCCCGAGCGAGGAACUGACCGAAUCGGGCAAAAUAUAUGAACGUGCCCUUAGUGUCCUAAACAAGACGCGGGUGGACCGUCUGCUCGGUCACAAGCUAAUGGUGGAAGCGGCCGGGAAGGGUCAUCCGCUCGCAAGAAGUCACGUUGCCUGGGCCCAACUGCUCGGCAGUCCGGUCGCGCUGGAUAUUGAGUCGGCAAAGCAAACGUUUCUGGAGCUGGCCGAGGAAGGGUUACCGGAUGCCCAGAUGGGACUCGGGUUUAUGCACGCUGCUGGGAUAGGAUUUAACGUAAGCCAGGGUAAGGCACUGCUGUACUACACACUGGCAGCGGCCGGUGAAAAUUCCUGGGCCCAAAUGGCACUCGGCUAUCGGUAUUGGGCGGGUGUUGGGGUACCGAAUAGCUGCGAAACGGCACUCGAGUACUAUCGGAAGGUUGCGACAAAGGUUGCGUCACAGGUGACUUUUUCCGGUGGUGCUGCCGUCCACCGGAUAAGGUUGCUGGACGAGGUAGACAAUUCGGGACCAAGCUCGGGCAUACUGGACAACGAUCUGAUCGACUACUAUCAGCUGCUGGCGGACAAGGGUGACGUUCAGGCGCAGGUAGGAUUAGGUCAGCUGCACUACCAAGGUGGACGUGGCAUCCCGUUGGAUCAUCAGCGAGCAUUGCAGUACUUUAGCCAGGCGGCGAAUGCUGGAAACGCGGUAGCGAUGGCUUUUCUGGGCAAAAUCUAUCUCGAGGGUAGCGAUAACAUUAAGGCGGACAAUGAGACGGCCUUCAAGUACUUUAAAAAGGCGGCUGAUCUUGGUAAUCCGGUUGGGCAGAGCGGGCUCGGCAUCAUGUAUCUGCACGGUAAGGGUGUGCGCAAGGAUACGAUGAAGGCACUGAAGUACUUUGCGAAAGCGGCCGACCAAGGCUGGGUGGAUGGACAGCUGCAGCUAGGAAAUAUGUAUUACAGUGGCAUCGGUGUGCAGCGAGAUUUUAAGCUGGCAAUUAAAUACUUCAGUCUAGCCUCUCAAUCCGGUCACGUGCUAGCGUUCUACAAUCUUGGCCAGAUGCACGCGAUCGGGCUCGGUAUGAUACGAUCCUGUCCGACGGCGGUUGAGCUGUUUAAGAAUGUAGCCGAACGGGGCAAAUGGGCGGAUCGGUUAAUGUCCGGCUAUCAGGAUUAUCGAUCGUACCGGUUUGAGGAAUCGUUCAUGCAGUACGCACUGCUCUCCGAGAUGGGUUACGAGGUGGCCCAAAGCAAUGCUGGCUUUCUGCUCGAUCGUGAAGAGGUUAACCUGUUCAAGGACCGUGGUGAAGAGCUGGUCCGUGCCCUGCAGUAUUGGGGUCGGGCAGCUGCCCAGGGCUAUUCGGCGGCGCAGGUAAAACUCGGCGACUAUCACUACUACGGGAUGGGUACGUUAAUCGAUUACGAGAUGGCUGCAUCGCACUACAGGAUGGCUUCCGAACAGCAGAACAAUGCACAGGCCAUGUUCAAUCUGGGCUACAUGCACGAGCAAGGUUUGGGCAUGAAGAAGGACAUACACCUCGCCAAGCGAUGCUACGACCUGGCCGCCGACUCAAGCGUCGAUGCGAAAGUUCCGGUUACGCUAGCACUCAUCAAACUGCAGCUCCUGUUCAAGCUGGAAUCGUUAAAAGAGACGCCGUUAAAAAUAAUUUUCAAUCUAGAUGAAAACAUUGCCUCCAACUGGGACCUUUAUCUGAUCACGGUGAUAACGAUACUGUGCGGUGCCGGUGUCUACUUCUGGCGACCGGUUCCAACAGUACCGACAUCACCACCAGCCAACCAAAACGAUCGUAUCGGAAAUGAAGCUCCACCGAGUAGCAUUCCGGUUGCCUCUACUAGCACACCUACUACUACUGACACGGGAGCCGCCAGUACCCCAACACCCCCGGAGGAUGAUGUUUCUAACCUCAGUGGAACACGGUUAAACAAUUUAGAAAAUGCCGAAAAUCGGGCAAAUCGCAAUAGUGAACCACAAGUAGAUUCGACGUCAAAUGAAAACGUCGAAUAG